ACAACAAUGGGGAAGGGGAGGGUUGGAUCCGCUACCUGAAGCAAAUGGCUUCACCUCGCUUUGUGCAUGGGCUGCUCCUGUGUGCAGUAAACCUUGUGUAAGGGCUACCAUUUUAUCCUUCUCCAUGAGUGAGACCACCGAAGAGAAUUUAGACAGAAGCAGCCCAACCAUGAGGAAAGGUUAAUUGGCUGCCUUAGGCAGCUGAUUGUGGUGUGGCAGAAGAGAAAAGGGUCUGAUCUGAUGAAUAGGACUCACAACCAUUGGUAAUUCUCUUACAUAGGCUCCCCUGAAAUGAAUGGGAGCUGCGCAAGAACAUCAUAGUGUGUCGCUCGUGUUCAUUUCAAUGAGACUAGUAAAGGGCAACUUCCUUCUCAACUAAUUGUGUCCCUCUGUGUAGAGGGUGGGGUGAGUGGAUUCAUUUGGGUUUUCCUAGUUCUGUUCUGCAGAAUUGCAGAGCUAUCCAGAUUGAAGCUGUCUUCUAAAAAGCAAUGUGAUGGAGAUAGUGAUGCCAAGGGAAUAGGUCAAUCUGAUAUAGGGGUGUGGACUUGUUUUCUCUCACUUUGGAACUCUCCCAUACACAGGAGCCAAAGCUCUACAUAGUGAGCAUAAAAUGACAGCUAAGUGAAAUUUUGAGAGUGUUAGAUGACUUCACAGUUAUGUGUCUUAUAAAGAUGCUACUGUUCUGCUGCUACCAAACAGUGCCUUUCUCCUGGAUAAGGAGAAAGUGAGAGAAGCCAGAUUAGAGCAGAAGCAAUGGAGGGGGAAGAGAGACUUUCCCACGUGUCUCCUGCUGGGAAUUGAAUAUCAGCAUCUCACGGCACCUUCUCCUCAUUCGCUACAAGGGGAACAGACUUCCUCCAUCCUUCACCCCUUUGAAGAAAUGGGAAUUCUUUUCUUUUCUCUCUUUUUUAAGACAGAGCAGCUUGUGCUUUCAGAGGACUGAUGUGCUCCCUCCCCGCUCCUGACCUUUUCCUCCCCAUUCUGCACAUCUGGCCUCCACCCUCCCCUUUCUGCGCGCCUCUUGCCCCUGCGUGCCUCCUCUGGCCAGAUGUGCAGGCAGGCGGAAGAGUCUGAGGGGAGGUGCUAAGGCAGAGAACUGGAACUACUUUCUCACAGCAGCAGCAGGAGCAGCAGCAGGAGCAGGAGCAAGAGCAAGAGCAAAGCAGCCACAGACUCAUUGUGUGAGAGGGAGGGAAAAAGAGAUGGUGGCGGCAGCAGUAGGAGACGGCAGCGCUCGCAAAUAAUCCUCUCAUGCAACUUUUCCUUUAAGUGCCUCACACGCACGAGGGAGGCUUUCCUCCUGAUCCUUCUUCUCUUUCCUGGUGAUAAAAACUGGGACUCUGGAGAGGAUAUUCCCUUUUUGUACAAGUUACAGCAGCUCUGAAGAAGAAAAGAAAAGGACUGAUCUUUUUUUGGGGGGGGCUUAGGUAGACUUUUAGGGACCAAAGGACUUCUCCCCCUUUUACGUUUCCCUAGGAUUUUUAAGGUGAUAUUUCCUCCCUCCCCUUCUUUUUGCAGAUUGGAGGAUCUUAGCUGGAGAAGCAGCUUAUUUUAGAAGUUAUCUUUUUUAGGUUGCUGCUCCCCCAAACACACAUCCUAUUCCAGGUGUUAAGCUCCCCACUUUCUCAGAGCAUCUCCUACAUAACUUCAGCAGUACCGAGUUUCCCCUCAUGGUUCAUACCCAUUACAAGGAAGUUUACAGUAACUUUGGAAUGAGAGACAAAAUUUCAGAGUGGGAAAGGAAAACCUGAACUCUGAUCUUUCCUCCCUUUGCACAGAAUUUACGUUUAAUUCCUACCUUCACUGCAAUGGAUUUUUACAAGGGGCAUUAAUUUCCUCCUCUUAAUGUUUUAAAGUUAGAAGUUGCAGCAAAGGGGGAGAAGAGACGGCGGAACUUCAAUUUUUUAAAAUUUAAAUAACACACAAGUAUUUCAGUUUCCUGAAAGAGGUACGAAGACUGGAAGGGGAAAAUAUAUCCUUUCCCAGCCUGGUGGUCUGCUGGGACUUGGAAGAUGCCUUCCGUAAUGGAAAAAUCAGGGAUCCUGUCCAGAAGCCGGUCCAAGUCAGCCACCAACGGCAACCACCAGAACUCAGAAGAUGACAGCAGUGAAGAGGAACACUCCCACGACAGCAUGAUCCGUGUGGGAGCAGAUUACCAAGCUGUGAUUCCAGAGUGCAAACCAGAGAGCCCAGCUCGGUACAGCAACAAGGAGUUGAAAGGGAUGCUCGUUUGGUCUCCAAAUCAUUGCGUCUCUGAUGCCAAAUUGGACAAAUAUAUUGCCAUGGCCAAGGAGAAGCACGGAUACAACAUAGAGCAGGCUCUGGGGAUGCUGCUGUGGCACAAACACGAUGUGGAGAAGUCCCUGGCUGACUUGGCCAAUUUCACACCAUUCCCUGAUGAGUGGACGGUGGAGGACAAAGUCCUGUUUGAGCAAGCCUUCAGCUUCCAUGGCAAGAGUUUUGCUCGAAUCCAGCAGAUGCUUCCUGAUAAGAUGAUUCCCAGCCUGGUGAAGUAUUACUACUCCUGGAAGAAAACCCGGAGCAGGACUAGCGUGAUGGAUCGGCAGGCCCGCAAGCUGCUCAGCAAGAAGGAAAAGGAUGACAGUAAUGAUGAACUGGAGGAAGGACGGCAGGCUAGUGAGGGUGAAUUUGAUGCCAUGGAUCCCAAGAAGGAGCCUAGUUACCAGAAGCCCCUGAACAGCAAGCCACGGCCUGUGAAGAAGGAGGUACAACUGUCACAGUAUCGGCACCACCCACUACGCACUCGCCGGCGUCCUCCCAAGGGCAUGUACCUGAGCCAGGAGGACAUUACAGGCCUGUCUGCCAGCCCAGACAUGGCUGUUCUCACCCUGCGCCACCUGGACUCCCAGCUGGUUUCCCUCAAGCGCCAGGUACAGAGCAUCAAGCAGAUCAAUAGCAGUAUGAAGCAGGUGCUAGAAGGUGGAAUAGACAAACUACGGCCACCCGAGACAAACAUCAAGUUCAAUUCACGCUGGACAACAGAUGAACAGCUGCUGGCUGUACAGGCCAUCCGAAAAUACGGCAAAGAUUUCCAGGCCAUCGCAGAGGUGAUUGGCAACAAGACAGUAGCCCAGGUGAAGACUUUCUUUGUCAGCUACCGGCGCCGGUUCAACUUGGAAGAGGUGCUGCAGGAAUGGGAGGCUGAGCAGGAGGGUGUGGGGCCGGCUGCCCCCCAAGGUAGCUCCCCUUCUCAGGACCAAAAGAGCUCUAGCGCUUCGUUAGCAAGCAGUGAGGAAGAAGAUGAGGUGAGGAGAGGGGCUGCCCCCAAGUACCAACACCGCACAGACCUCUUGAGCUUCUCCAGCACUGAAAGCUCUCCUUCUGCCCUUUUGCAGGUACAGAUCACUGCAGUGUCCCGUUCCCUGCAGCAGCAGCAGCAGCAGCAGCAGCAGCAGCAGCAACCACCGCCACUGCCCCCUCCGCCGCCACUCCCAGCGUCUCCCCGGCCACCACCUGCUGCCCUCUCACAGCCACCCCCUUUGCUGAGGCCCACACUUCCAACAGCACCCACGCUGCACCGCCAACCCCCACCACUGCAGCAAGGCCGCUUCCUGCAGCCCAGACUGUCGCUCAACCAGCCGCCACCCCCGCUCAUUCGGCCAGCCACCUCGCGACAAGCGCCCCGCAGCGGCCAGCACCCCCCAUCACUCCUUGGUGGGAUAGGAGAGCCCCCUCCCCCCUCCUCCAGCUCCCUCUGAGGAGGGGUUUCAGAGUGCUUCCUUUGACAUCUGUGAGCCUGGCUCUACAACAGUCACAGCUGGGAUUGGUACAGUCCUCCUCUCCCCCCGCAAGGUGUGCAUCAGCUGUGGUGGUCAUGAAAAGGGAACAGGGGAAGGAGGGGCUUCGGGGUCCCAACUGUCAUCUGACCCAGUUCAGGUAGCAUCCAGAAAGCUGGCAAGGAAUCCCAAUCCCCAUGUACAUUGGGAUGGGGGUGGGGUAUUUUUUUUCUUGGGAGGGGAGGGAAGAGAAAGGAAGUGAUAGGACUAGUAGCUUUGGGUGGGUUUGGAUUAUGUUUACACUUUUGCAGGAUCAGUUGCGUCAGUGCCUGUGUGAAUCGGGGAUUGGGGGGAGGGCAAGGGGAGGUAUGUCAGAGUUGACACAGGUGGAAGCUUGGGGGGAGGGGGAGGAAGGAGGGGAGAUUUACACCUGAUCAGACUGGAUGCAGAGGCAAGAGUGCUCCCAAGUAAAGAUGCCCCCCUCUCUGUAACAGCAAUUUCCCUUCCUCUCCAGUUUCUACAUGGAGAUUUGGAAGGGGGGGGGGGAGGGAAUGAGUGGCAGCUUGCUUUGCUCUGUACUUGCCUGUCUACCUUGCCAGGCAGGAGUCCCUGGCAGCAAAGAUGUAACGACUCCCUAAAGAGUAGGAUUGGGCAGUCUUCUGUGUACGAUUCCCCUCCAAGGCCCCACCCAUUGCUGGGAGUCUUUUGUUGUUGUUGUCGUCCAUGGAGCAUUUUCAAUAAAGGUAUUUUGUUACAA